AUGUCUAUCACUGACAUUGUCUCCGAGAAGGACAUUGAUGCCGCACUUGAGAGUGUGAAGGCUGCAGGUUCAUUCAACUACAAAACCUUUUUCCAGAAGGUUGGCUUGGCCGGCAAGAGCGCGGCUGAUGCCAAGAAGGUUUUCGAAAUUCUUGACAGAGACAAGAGCGGAUACAUUGAGCAAGAUGAACUUGGCCUUUUCCUCCAGAACUUCAAGUCUAGCGCCAGAGCUCUGAGCGAUGCUGAGACUGCAGCUUUCCUGAAGGCUGGUGACUCUGAUGGAGAUGGCAAGAUUGGAGUAGAAGAAUUCCAGGCUCUGGUGAAGGCAUAA